GCCUGCCCAGUUCUGGGGUGCGAAUGUCAGUCGCCAGCCAAUCAGCGAAGGGAGUGGACUUCCCGGAAAUCCUGGAGGCGUGAAGCCGCAGGCCCGUCACUAAGAUGGUGGCCGAACGCCUUGGACCCGUGGGGGCGCGGACGUCCAGCGCGCAGGCGCGCAGGUACCACAGUUGCUGAUCAGCCCCAGGCGAGGGUGAAGGUGUAGCAGCCACCAUGGAUUUCUCCAAGUUCCUGGCCGAUGACUUUGAGGUCAAGGCCUGGGUGAAUGGGGCCUUUCGGGCUGUGCAGCAGGAGGCCCCUGGCAAAGUAGAUGCCCACGCAGCUACCCUGGUGAUGAAGUUGCAGCUUUUUAUCCAGGAGGUCAACAAUGCGGUGGAAGAGACGAGCCACCAAGCUCUCCAGAGCAUGCCCAGAGUUUCUGCGGGAAGUGAAUCCUUGAAGCAGGAGGCAGCAUUUCUGAAGGAGCAGAUGGUCCUAGUGAAAGAAGAUAUUAAGAAGCUGGAGGAGACACCGCACAAGAUUCUCUUCUCCUGGUUUCAGGUCUUAGUCAAACUCGAUCAUGUGAAAUCCCGAAUGCAGCUGGCUGUUGAUUCACUCCAGGAAGCAGACAAGUGGAGCACUCUCAGUGCAGACAUUGAAGAGACGUUUAAAACACAGGAUGUGUCUCUCAUCUCUAACAAGCUGGCCAGCAUGCAGAGCAGCCUGGCUGUCUUGGUGGACACGCCGGACUACUCAGAGAAGUGCGUGCACCUGGAGGCACUCAAGAACCGCCUGGAAGCCUUGGCUAGCCCCCAGAUCGUCUCUGCCUUCAGCACCCAGUCCGUUGAUCAGGCCCAGCUCUUUGUGAAAGUUUUCAUGGAAAUUGACCGGAUGCCCCAGCUGCUGGCUUACUACUACAAGUGCCACAAGGUGCAGCUAAUGGCAGCGUGGCAGGAUCUGUGCCAGUCCGACCUCCUCCUGGAUCGGCAGUUGGCAGAGCUCUACGAAGUGCUGCUGGGGACAUGGCACUCGCAGCUGCAAUGGGCCACACAGGUUUUCCAGAACCCCCACCAGGUGGUGACCGUCCUGCUGCUCCAGGUGCUGGGUGCGCUGACGCCCUCCCUGCCCGCCUGCCUCAUGGCUGCCAUGGACCGCUGCAGUCCCGAGAGCAAGAUGAGCCAACUCCUGGGGCUUUAUGGCACCACCGUCUACUUCGCCCACGGGCUGGAGGCCGUGAUGCUGCCCAGCCUGGGGGAGUGCAACCUGGUGAAGGUGGCAGAACUGGUGGAGGCCUCCUUCAGCCCUUACAAGCCCUUCCAGCUGCAGUACCGGGCCCUGGAGGAAGAGAACCUCCUCAUCCAGAUGAGUGCUGUCCCUCUGGAACAUGGGGAAGUGAUGGACUGUGUCCAGGAGUUGAGCCAUUCGGUGAACAAGCUCUUUGGCUUGGCCUUGGCGGCAGUGGACAACUGCCUCACACUGACCGACGGGCUGGGCGUGAGUGGACUCCUUGGGGCCCUGCAAGCCCUUUUCAGCAAGUACGCCUCAGACUUCAGUAACGCCCUGCAGUCAAUCAGGAAGAAAUGCCGGCUGGAUGACCUCCCUUCGGAUUCCCACUUCCAGGAAGACUGGACGGCUUUCCAGAAUGCAGUUCGGAUAAUCGCCACCUGUGGGGAACUCCUGCGACAGUGUGGAGACCUGGAGCAGCAACUGGCCAACAGGAUCCUCUCCAGGGCAGGGAAGUUCCUCUCGGAGUCCUACCAUCCCUGCAGCCUGAGCGGCUUCCAAGAACGCAGCCCGGAGAAGCAGAGCCACAUCAAGAACCCCUGGCAGGAGUACUGCUACCUGCAGCAGGAGAGCCCGGCAGAGUACGCUGCCCUGCUGGAGACCCUCUACACGCUCAAGGAGAAGGGGACAAGCCACAAUCUGCUCUCAGCCUCACGUUCUGCCUUCACCCGCCUUAACCAGCUUGCCCACCAGCUGGCCUUCGACUCGGUUUUCCUUCGCAUCAAGCAGCAGCUCCUCUUGGUGGCCAAGAUGGAGAGCUGGAGCGCAAGCAGUGCGGGCGAGAUCCUGACCGAUGACCUGCCCAACUUCAGCUUGACGCCUCUGGAGUACAUCAGCAACAUCGGCCAAUACAUCAUGUCCCUCCCGCUUCACCUGGAGCCCUUUGUGACCCAGGAAGACGCAGCGCUGGAACUCGCCCUGCACGCUGGGAAGCUGCCCUUCCCUCCAGAGCCAGGUGACGAGGUCCCCGAGCUGGACAACAUGGCGGACUAUUGGCUGGGCUCUCUUGCCAGAGCCACCAUGCAGACGUACUGCGAGGUCGUCCUGCAGAUCCCUGAGCUCACCCCACACUCUGCCAAGCAGCUGGCCACGGAUAUUGAUUACUUAACCAACGUGAUGGACGCUUUGGGCCUCCAGCCUUCCAAGGCCUUGCAGAGCACAGGAAACCUCCUGAAGACCAAGCCUGAAGAUUACAAGCAGGUGGCCAGAAAUUUCCCCCGCCGCCUGGCUAGCAAAAUUGCCGCCAUGAGGGCCCUGGAUUAUUGAGCUGUUGAGGGGCCCUCGUUGCCACACCUGACCAAGGACACUCCAAGGGCCCCGGGGUGUGCCUGGCGCUCCUCCUGCCCCCCCCCCCCAUGGUGGAGUUCUCCCUUGGGAGAGAGGAAGGAGGCCAGAGAAAACUCAAUAAAUCUCUUUUGAAAAGGU